AUGCAGUCCGGCGGCCCUUCCCCCCUGCCAUCAUUCCCGGCAUCCCGGGAUGGCACACCCAGUGGCAACGGCACCAACACCAACGGAACCACGAAUGGUAACACCAACGGCACCAACGGUACCACGAAUGGCGUGCAGAAGAGGACCAAGAUUUGUGUCUACUGCGGCGCCUCUCCCGGUUUCAAGCCUCAGCACAUGGAAGCCGCUCGUGAGUUAGCAAGAAUCAUGGCCGAGAACAACAUUGAUCUUGUCUACGGUGGUGGAACCGUCGGCCUGAUGGGAGAGGUGGCAAAGACACUCGUUUCCCUUGCCGGCCCGGACUCGGUCCACGGCAUCAUCCCCGAGGCCCUCGUCAAGUAUGAGCGUGACGGCACCUACGGUACCGUCAACAAGGACAACAUGUACGUCCCGGACGAGACCGUCUACGGACGCACCACCGUCGUCAAAGACAUGCACACCCGCAAGCAGAUGAUGGCCAAGGAGGUCUUCGCCGGCGGCCCCGGCAGCGGCUUCGUCGCCCUGCCCGGCGGGUACGGCACCAUCGAGGAGGUUCUCGAGACGGCCACCUGGAACCAGCUGGGCAUUCACGACAAGGGCAUCUGCCUCCUCAACAUCAACGGCUUCUACGACGGCAUCCUCGAGUGGGUGAACAAGAGCGUCGAGGAGGGCUUCAUCAAGGCCGCCAACGCCGACAUCCUCGUCACCGCUACUACCCCCGAGGGUGCCAUCACGGCGCUCAGGGAUUACCAGGUCUCUGCGGCCACCUUCAAGCUCGACUGGACCAACUCUUAG